GUCGGCAGAUCGCGAGCAGAUUGUUCCUGGUUAAUAUCACCAAGCGCGCAAUAGAUCCGCGUCGAAUCACAUCUAUAAAUAAUACAAUGGCCCGCCCCAGCUCAGGCGUCGAAUUAUUUACUCACACACCACACGUCCCAUAAACCGACGCAACCACAACAAACAACCCUUCUCCUCUCUCUCUCUCUCUCCCCAUCGGAAACGUUUUGCGUGUGCCCUUUUCGUCCCUCGGAUUUUCUCGGGAAAAUUCAAUUCGCGGCGGAUUUCCUUCCAAGAUCUCUCCUAUCCCCUUGAUCUCCCUCCGAUCGCUUCCCGUCCGAGCCUCCUGUUUUCUUUUCGAAUUUUCCCGAUCUUCUCCUUUUUCCCAGCCGUCGCUUUUGCCCUGAGAUCGAGAGCUGCGGGAAAACACAGGAAAAGGACGAAGCGAUACAGAUAUUUAGGGGGUUGUUUGGUAAAUUGGGACGAAGCGAAGGGUAGGAUCGGCGAGAGAAGGACUUCUGCAUGAGCUGGUCAGGGAAGCUGGGUUGUAAUAUAGUAUCGUUGUCCUCUUCCAAUUCUUCAGGCCACUUCAUUACGUGCCUCUUGAUUUUUACUCUCCAUUUUUCUCCUCAAUUGCCCGCUUCCCUCUUCAAAUACGAAAACAAAUCCAUACAGCCGUUACCUUUUAGUUCUAGUACUAAGCUCAAUCGUAGUAGCAGUAGCAGCAGCAGUACCUGUUGUUUGGAUUGUCGAUCGCGUGUGGAGAAAAAUGGAGUCUGGAUCGAAGAGUAAUCGCAAUCAAUUGCGCAGAGGUCUUUGUCACUCAAAUGAUGUGAAGCGAAAGGGAGCUGCUUCACCUUCAGUUAUUGUGAUUGGUGGUGGCAUGUCUGGACUUGCUGCUGCUCGUGCUCUACAUGAUGCCUCGUUUCAGGUUGUUGUGUUGGAAUCACGGGACAGACUUGGUGGACGAGUUCACACCGACUUCACAUUUGGUUUCCCUAUUGACCUGGGUGCAUCAUGGUUGCAUGGGGUCUGCAAUGAGAACCCUUUGGCUCCGCUGAUUGGGAGAUUGGGGUUGCCAUUGUAUCGGACUAGCGGUGAUAAUUCCGUGUUGUAUGACCAUGAUUUGGAAAGUUAUGCACUCUUCGACAUGGAGGGGAAUCAAGUUCCCCAAGAAUUGGUCACCGGGGUAGGGGAAGCAUUUGAGAAGAUCUUAGAAGAGGUAUUUGGUUCUUACUCUUUGUUCUUCUCCUUGGUGGUUAAUGGUUAUGUCUCUUCGUGGAUGCAGACUAACAAAGUAAGAGAGGAACACAAGGAAGACAUGUCUAUACAACAAGCUUUUUCUAUUGUUUUCGAAAGAAGACCAGACCUAAGGUUGGAUGGUGUUUCCCAUAAGGUUCUUCAGUGGUACCUUUGCAGAAUGGAAGGUUGGUUUGCUGCAGAUGCAGAGACCAUCUCACUUCAGUGCUGGGACCAAGAAGAACUGCUCCCCGGUGGACAUGGGCUCAUGGUUAGAGGUUAUGUUCCAGUGAUAAACACUCUUGCCAAGGGACUUGACAUCCGUUUGGGCCAUAGGGUACGAAACAUCACAAGACGUCAUAAUGGUGUGAAAGUCACAACAGAAAAUGGGAGGACAUUUGUGGCAGAUGCAGCUGUGGUUGCCGUGCCUCUUGGGGUGCUGAAAUCGAAGUUGCUAACCUUUGAACCAAAACUACCAGAUUGGAAGGAGAAUGCGAUUAAUGACCUUGGAGUGGGAAUCGAGAACAAGAUUGCCUUGCACUUCGACAAGGUGUUCUGGCCGAAUGUGGAGUUCCUAGGGGUGGUGGCAGAGACAUCUUAUGGCUGCAGCUACUUUCUAAACCUUCACAAGGCUACUGGUCACCCUGUGCUUGUGUACAUGCCAGCUGGGCAGCUUGCUAGGGACAUUGAGAAAAUGUCUGAUGAAGCUGCUGCUAAUUUCGCAUUUUUGCAACUCAAGAGGAUCCUUCCUGAUGCCUCUACCCCGAUUCAACACCUGGUUUCUCAUUGGGGAUCAGACAUAAACUCGCUUGGUUCCUACAGCUAUGAUUUAGUGGGGAAGCCGCAUGAUCUGUAUGAAAAGCUGCAGGCGGCAGUAGAUAACCUAUUAUUCUUUGCAGGGGAGGCAACUAGCUUGAGCUUCCCAGGGUCGGUGCACGGUGCCUUCUCCACUGGGCUUAUGGCAGCCGAAGAAUGCAGGAUGCGGGUCUUGGAGCGUUACGGAGAGGUGGGCCAGCCUGUUGAGGAUGCAUCGGCACAGAUUCCCAUCCUUAUUACGCGUCUGUGAAGAAAGAAUGCUAGAUUUGCAGAUGGUUGAACACGUUUAUAUCAUUAUUAUCAUUAUUAUUAAUAGCAGAAAACCCCAAAAUUUGUGGCGGGGGCCCACAUAACCUAUUAUGUUUUGUGGCCUAUUUAUUAGAUACGGAACCUUAUAUACACUAUAAGCAUAAACUAUAUAUUUAUUUAUUUAUUUAUUUAUUAAGGAAGUCGCA